AUGUAUGGCAGAGCAUGCAAAAAUUGUUCGAUUGCAAAGUGUCGGUGUAUCGCAAGAACUGAAGGGCAAAGCUGCGAAAGAUGCCACCGCCUUAACAAGACAUGCUUACCUGGCAAUGCAAGCCGAGCUCGCACCACGCAGCGAAAUAAUCCCGUUGCCCGUAUUGCACAACUAGAAGGGAAGCUGGACAACCUUGUCUCCCUUUUGGUCGCUGGUAAACCAUUGGAUGCUCCUCAAACGGGUCUUGUUUCUCCUUCGCCACCACUUUCAAAUUCUAACUCCCCUUCUUCGGCGUCGGUAGCUGCCGUUCCAGCUAUCUCCGUAUCCACCUUAUCUGUCAUUGAGCCAUCCGAGGAACAAUAUCUCGAUUACUUCCGUAAUCAUAUGCUCAAAUACUUUCCCUUUCUUCAUAUAACUGGUGAUGCGCAAAGUUUGCGCCAGUCCCGACCAUUUCUUCUAUCCUGCAUCGUGUGUGCCGCAUGUCAGUCGACACAGGUAAAGCUUCGCCUGGGUGCGCAAAUAAAGAAAAAGGUGACAAACUGCAUUUUUUUGGCCAAUGAUCCAGAUGUCAUCAAUAUUGAUCUCCUACUUGGUCUUCUCACAUUUAUCGCCUGGGGCCAUGAUCAAUUACUGAACGGUGCUCCAGCUCUUUUGCCCAGACUCACGCAGCUGGCAUUGACUUUGGUAUUCGACUUACGUCUAAAUAAGUCGCCUCAAGAAGACUCAAACAUGCUGCCAGUUGGAAAUGAAAGUACAAUGAAUUCUGAUGACCCGAUACAAAGUCUUGAGGGAAAACGAGCCGUCCUUGGUUGUUUUGUCAUUAGCUCAAUUGUCUCUGUUUACUUUGGGCAUAUGGAUGCCAUGAAAUGGACGCCAUACUUAGAUGAAUGUUUGGAAGCUUUGAACCACAACAAGGAAUCGCCUUACGACGAAAUGUUCGUGCGUCAGGUCCGGUUGCAACGGAUUUCCGGUGAGGUGGGGGAGACUGAAAAUAUGGAUGAAAUUAGAAAAGCGCCUCCAGCUUUCUAUUUGUCAUUUCUUCAACAAAAAGUGAAGGAAAUAAAGAGCCACAUGUCGCCACAGCUACAGCAGGACCGGGUGCUUUCUGCAUCUAUAUAUUACACCGAACUGUCCAUAUUUGCAUUGGUGCUUUCAAGAAAAGCUGACAGUGUUCAAAGGCUAGAACACCUCUAUACUUGCUUCAACACAGUCAAAUCGGCAUUGGAUAACUUUUUCACAAUUCCAAUUACUGACUAUCCUGGGAUAUGUUUCCCCUUAUUCGCAUACCUUGUUCGCUACGUGAUAGUUCUAUACAAGUUAUCAACUCUGAAGGAUGCGGCAUGGGACGUUAAUUUGGUUCGAUCAAGCUUGGAUAUUAUGCAAGUUGUUGAUCGUGUGAUAAGUAACCUUGAAAGAUGCCGGAAAUACCAUGGAGAUCAGUCCUCUGGUGGUAUUAUGGAAAGGGCCAUCGGGAUUUUUCAACGUUUCAAGUCAUGGUGUGCAACAAGACUUCCGUCAGUCCACACGGGAGAUACAAAUAACAUCGAUUUUGAUCUUCAAACGCAGUGCAAUUCGCCCCUUGAUGGUCUUUUUUUGGAUGACUGGUGGUGGAAGGAGACCUUGGAUUUUGGCCCAGUGGGGAAUAAUUUGCCUUGA